AUGUUAGCUGUUACUUUUAAUCUUUCUUUUUUAGGCGUUGUUCAUGGCCUUGUACUCUACUCAGCAGGGCGAAGUCAAUUUCCUCCAGGAGUUGCAUUCAUACUUGGCCAAUGCGUAGGCCUGCUCUUCGGUCAUGACUUUCAUCGCUUGUGUUUGUACCUUUGGUGCGCCUACUGGUUCGUAUGGUUUUGUCGCCGAAGAUAUCAUUACAAGCGUCUGUCUCCAGGGCUCCCUCACAGCUUUCUGUUGGGUCAUCUCCUUCUUAUGCGGAACACGAAGUCUAGUUUGCCGGCAGAUAUUCACAUUCAUGUUGUCAUAUCUAUCCUUUCGGAUACCUAUAACAUGCGCCAACAUGGUGUGUUUUAUUUAGAUUUAUAUCCUGUUCAGCUUGAACCUUUCAUGGUAGCAAUUUCACCCGAAGCGAUUCAGCAAGCCACAAUGUACCUUGGCAAGCAUACCCCUGCGUACUCCAGGUACGAGCCAGUUGUCGGCAAGGGCACUAUAAUCUUGUCCAAUGGCUCGUUGUGGAAGGAAACCAGGGCAUUAUUUAACCCCUUUUUCUCUCACUCUCGACUUCAGUCUUUUGUACCUGCCAUGGUUCAAGAAGGUAUGACCCUGAUAACAAAGCUUGAACAUGCGGCAAGUGCGAAUGCCCGGAUUGAUAGCCUAGAGGACAUAUUCUCCGACGCUCUAGCAGAUAUAACCGGUCAGAUUAUUCUGGGCACUUCAUUACAAGCACAAGCAUCUAGUGAAAACUUAAAGACCAAGUUGGCGCAACUGAGCUGUUUGAUAUGUACCAACAGAUUGGCAUCGUAUCUUUCAAAAUACAAUAUCGGCCCAGGGCGUCAAGUUAAUCAAAUGGCUAGAGAAUCAUCCGAACAAGUCAGAAGCUUGAUCUUGCAGAGGCUUUCCCACCUAAGAGCACAUAGAUGUCAAACUGAACAUGGGACUGAACUGAAAAGAAGCAACAUAUCUGUAGUAGAUGCCCUUCUAAGUCAACAUAUAACUAAAGAUGGAAGCCUUUCCGGGAUUCAAGUGGAUGCACUUGUUGAGAAUGUUAAAAACAUAAUUUUGCCGGAAUCGAUACAAGCUCCUCUGUCCUUACACAUGCUCUGUAUGAACUGUCACACAACGAAAAAUACUUCAACGUUUAAGACAUGA